AUGAAGAGAGGAAGAGAAAACAGAAGUAAAAGUGUCUGUACCUGGGCUCUCAGCUNAAUUAGCUGGGUUGAUAGACUAAACAUAGCAGUUGAUGCCGCACUAGGAUUGGAAUACUUACAUAUUGGCUGCAAACCGCUGAUAGUUCAUAGAGAUGUAAAAAGUUCUAACAUACUAUUGGACGAUCAAUUACAUGCCAAGCUUGCAGACUUUGGGCUAUCAAGAUCUUUUCCGGUUGGAGAUGAAAGUCAUGUGUCUACACGUGUUGCCGGAACAUUUGGAUACCUUGAUCAUGAAUAUUACCAAACAAAUAGGUUGUCUGAGAAGAGUGAUGUCUACGCUUUUGGCGUUGUAUUAUUAGAAAUCAUCACAAACAAACCAGUGAUCGAUCAAACCCGCGACAUGCCUCACAUUGCAGAAUGGGCGAAAUUUAUGCUCACUAGAGGAGACCUUAGCAAUAUUGUGGAUCCUAAACUUCAAGGGGUUUAUGACUCUGGUUCUGCAUGGAAAGCUCUUGAAUUAGCAAUGACAUGCAUCAACUCUUCUUCCCGAGAAAGACCCAACAUGUCUCAUGUAGUUCAUGAACUAAAGGAUUGUGUGGUAUCUGAAAACAAGAGGACAAGAGACAUAGACACAGUGAGAUCCAUCGACAUUAACUUAAGCUUCAGUACUGAUAUGAACCCUAAGGCACGUUAAUCUCCACUCUACACCUGCAGCAUUCGUUCCACUGCAUUUUUUUAUUUUCAAGAACUAUGUCAAUGCAGAUAUUGCACAGCCUGAUGUCCUGAGCAUAUUUGAUAACAAGUAGAUAUGAGAGCUAAUUUAUCCU